AUGAGAGGUAUUGCCUGGAACUGUAGAGGGUUGGGGCAGACCUCUACAGUUUGGGAACUGAAGUCCCUGAUCUUUACCCACUCUCCGGAUUUUGUUUUUCUUUCCGAGCUCAAAGUGGAUGCUAAUCCUCUGAAAAAGUUCUGGUCUGAGUUUCUGAAAUUAGGAGAUAGGUUUGGUGGGCCCUGGCUUAUUUUGGGUGAUACCAAUUUUGUCCUUUGUGAUUUUGAGCGUGAUGGCUCUUCUGGUCGGGAUCCUUUUAUUCCAAUCAUUUCUAAUCUGAUUGAGAGUAGAGGUCUUAUCAAUAUGCAUAUCCAAGGGGACAACCUGACUUGGGACAAUCAUCGGUCUGGGAGGCACCAUGUGAAAUCUGCGCUGGAUAAAGGCUUAGUAAAUGGGGCUUGGAUUAAUUUAUUUCCAAGGGCUAUUCUCUGCUCUGCCCAAACUAGCAACUCGGACCAUAGGCCGCUGUGCCUCCUCUCUGGAGGUUUGGAACCCAAAUUUAAGAGAUGCUUCAAAUUCGAAGAAGGUUGGACCCGUGAUGUUCGAAGUAAUCUGGUAGUAGCCCAUGCUUGGAAAUCGGUCUAUCAUGAUUGGGCCCCUGCUCGUAUUUUCAAGAAGGUUGGUGCCACCAGGGUGGCCCUCCUCAAUUGGAACCGAUCCCAAUUUGGUAGAAGAAAUGUCAUUGAGAGUAUCUUGAAUAAAGAUAAUGUCUGGAUCUCCAGUCGGGGAGCUAUUGGGAGAGAAUUUAUUGAUUUUUUUAAGGGUAUCUUUGUCGGAGCUGAUAAUGGUGUGGAAUACAAUUGUGCUCAGCUUUUUCCACAGAAAAUCUCUCAGGAUGACUCGGAGGUCCUUGUUAGUUGCCCUAGUGCCGAUGAAAUCAAAAGAGUUCUUUUUGCCAUGCAUAACCAUAAGGCCCCGGGUCCUGAUGGGAUGUCUGUUCUUUUCUAUAAACAUUAUUGGGAGUCAGUUGGAGCUGACUUUUGUGAUGCGGUCUCAGAUUUUUUUAUUUCAGGGAACAUGCAUAGAGGGAUAAAUGCCACAAAUGUUGUUCUCAUACCUAAAGUCCAAAACCCUACCCAUACCAACCACUUUAGGCCCAUCUCUCUGUGUAAUGUGGUAUACAAAGUAAUCUCUAACAUUAUAGCGAACAGGAUAAAACCUUUACUCCCUUCUCUCAUUUGUCCAACUCAAGCUGCUUUUGUUCCGGGUCGGAACAUCCAUGAUAACAAUGUGAUAGUCCAAGAAAUCAUUCACUUGUUCAACAGGAAGAAAGGCAAGGAGGUCUUCUUCGCUAUAAAAAUUGACCUGGUCAAAGCUUAUGAUAAGUUGAGCUGGCGUUUUAUUGAUCAUGUUUUAGAUUGCUAUGGAAUUCCCCAAAAAUUCAGUCUUUGGAUUUCUCAGUGUAUCUCUUCUACAACGCUAAACAUUUGUCUCAAUGGAGGCCAGGUUGGGAGGAUUAACCCUUCUUGCGGCCUUCGGCAAGGCGACCCCCUCUCCCCUUAUCUUUUCAUUUGGGCAGCUGAAGUUCUUUCAAGAUUAUUUCAUGAUGCCCUUGAUCAGGGGUCCAUUAAGGGAAUUCAACUAAGUAGGGGUGGGCCGGUUCUCUCUCACAUUUUCUUUGCGGAUGACCUAAUUCUGGUUGGUCGAGCUAAUUUACUUGAGGUGAAUGGCUUCUGGAGAUGUUUAGAGAAUUUCUGCUCGUGGUCUGGUCAACAGGAUAAACUUUGUCUCCAUGAAUCUCUGGGUGGUCUUGGGUUCCGAAAAACCAAGGAGAUGAAUCAGGCCUUUCUGGCUAAAUGGGGAUGGAAUAUUCUCAAUGGAAGUCAAUCUCUGUGCUAUAGAGUUCUAAUUGCUAAAUACCUCAAAGGGAAAGACUUCCUUAGUUGCAGGUACAAAGAUUCAGAUUCUUGGUUUUGGAAAAGUGUCGUGAAGGCUAAUUCCAUUUUGAGAAAAGGAGCUUGUAAGUUGGUUGCUAAUGGUGAGAAUACUAAGAUCUGGGGAGAUCCCUGGAUUGCGCAUCAGAAAGGCUUCUAUCCGAAACAAAUCGAGGGUACCUCUCCCAACUUGAACUGUGUGGCUGAACUUCUGUUAAAUAAUGGGCAGUGGGAUAUUCAAAAGCUGCGAGACAACUUUGACCGAGAAUCGGUCUCGGACAUUCUUAAAGGGGGCCAUCCCUCUAGGAUUGGUACAGAUAGAUGGGUUUGGACGCUAGAAAGUAAGGGGUGUUUCUCGACUAAAUCGGCGUAUUUGGCUCAAGCUUUGGAAAGAGCUCCUCACUGUGAGGUUGCCCCAAAACUCUGGAAUAAGUUAUGGAAUAGUAAAAUUUUAGAGCGUCACAAGGUUCUGUGGUGGAGUAUCCUUUCGAGUGCUCUCCCUGUUAGAGCGGUGAUUGGGAAAAGAUUCCAUAUAGAGGACACUAGCUGCCCCUUAUGCGGCUUGGGGGAGCAAUCCUUCGAACAUCUAUUCCUGUCCUGUGAUGUGGCUUUUCAUCUUUGGCGCUCUUCUCCCUGGGGCAUAUUCCCAGUGUGCGACACUGGCAUCCGUGUUUGGGAUUGGGUCAAAUUUAUCUGGGAUCUAAACAAAAGAGGGAUCGAAGCUGAUGAUGUUUUCUUAUAUGCCUCGAUUGUUGUGGAUACUAUUUGGAGGGUGCGAAAUGAGAAGGUCCAUAAUAACUGUUCUCCUGACAUAAAAAAGUGUAUUGAUAAUAUUUGUACUUCUUAUGCAGAUUCUCAUGCUUCUUUGUUGCCUAGUCCCACUCCAGAUCUAAAGGAAGCUUGGUCCCCUCCUCCUCCGGAUUGGAUUAAGCUGAAUUGUGAUGUCAAGGUGGGUCUAAAUAGUUUGUGCAUUGCUGUUGUUGCAAGGGAUCAUUUUGGCAGAGUGAUUAGAGUUCAGACGGCUCAGGAAGAUUUCUCGGAUGCUCUGUGCGGAGAAGCUACGGCUUGCUGCUUAGCUGUGUCUGUUGCUUUAGAUAUUGGAUCCAAGUUUGCGAUUGUGGAGAAUGACUCGAGGAUGGUUAUCAAUGCUCUCAAUGGGACGGAAUCUCAUUGGGCUCUUGAAAACUAUGUCUCAUUUUGUACUAAUUCUUCUCCUUUAUUUAUUAGUUGUAAUUUCUCUUAUGUUCGUAGAACUUGUAAUUUUGCCGCUCAUAAUGUGGCUAGAUGGGCGUUUGCUCAUCAGGUUUUUGGGACUAUCCCGGUGUCCUCCUUACCUGACAAUAUAUUUUGUAAUGACCGAGAGGUCUAA